AUGUCCGAAUCGGCCCCCAAGUCAACGUACUCCAACGACCCCGCGCUCUACCUCUACACCUCUCUGACCUCCGGGUCCUCGCACAUCGUCACCGCUACCUCGCGCAUGGAGACAAUCUUGAAGGCAAAUCGCAUCCCAUUCAAGGCAAUCGAUAUCGCUACAGAUGAGAAAGCACGCAUGCUCUGGGGCCGGAGAGCAAGGAAGGAUGAGUCUGGCCGGCAGAGGAAGAUACCAGGACUCGUACAAAUGGGCCUUGUCGUAGGGGAUCUUGUAGAAGUUGAGGACUGGAACGAAUAUGGAGAACUGAAGCAACAUGUUACUAUCGUCCCUGUCCCUGGCGCUCCAGUCGCAAAGGUUCUGCCCAAAACCACAGCCGCGCCCGCAAAGGCUCCAGUUUCACAGGAGAACAAGAAGCCCGAAUCCUCAACAACAGAGACAGCGAAAGCCUCCGAAAGUGCGAAAUCACCUACCACAGAAUCUGGUCCUGCCCUAGCUUUGAGAGAGAUCGGCCAGCAAGCUGCACAGAAAGCAAAGGAGGGCAAGAAGAAGGUGGUCGAGACAUUCAGUGGUGUUGGGCAAGCAGAAGCACCCAAAGAGCCUAAGGUCUCGGAGGAGCUAAAAGAUGGAAAGAAGACCGAGAAAGCUAUUCCAACUCCUGUCGCUGUACCAGACAAGUCCGAGAAGUCGAUCGACACACACACUGUGGAUAGUACAGCGUCGAUUCAAUCGCCCACAUCAACAGCCUGGAAAGGAGCACUUGACAAGAGACACACACCUCGAAAUUCGGUUGACAAAAUCGCUUCAAUACAAUCACCAACAUCUACAGCCUGGAAGCCAACGGACGUCAAUCCCCCAAUCUUAACGCACAGAGGAUCUUCUGUUUCUGAAGCUUCAGCCGAGGAGAUCAAGAAGAUUGAGGAGGCAGAGAAGAUUCCAGAGGAAGACGAGGAAGAGGAAGAGGACGAAGAAGAAGAAUCGUCGUCUGAAGAGGAUUGA